CGCGGAGAAAAGCUGCCCGAGCACCGCAGGCUACCCAGCUCCUGAACGCGCCCUGACACGGCACUGACAAAGUCAAGGAAAACCUUCGCCACUUUGUGGAGGAAUGAUGUCUGGGGCAUCUAAUCAGGUGUCUACAAGUACUGCAGUGCCGCCCAAUCUUUUGCAGACCGAGCAACUGAACAGUGAACUGAAGAACCUUGUUGGAAUUUUGACCGGUAAAGGUGCCAUUAAUCUUGAACAGCUUCUUUCAGGCAGUCACACCUCCCGUCCUCAACUAAAACCAAGUACUCAGUCCAUCUCCACUGUGGCUCCCUCACACUCAUCCUCGCCAAGCUACACUACAUCACUUGCAACACGUAAGAGAGGACGAACAUUUGAUUUUGAAGCAGAUAGUAGCAAACGUCGUAGAGGGGCCCAAUCCUACUCAUCAAGACAGUCGGGAGAGAAGCAACACAACAAAGGACUGAGACACUUUUCACAGAGAGUGUGUGAGAAAGUCAGGGAGAAAGGUGCCACCACUUAUAAUGAGGUAGGCUGUUACCAUUGUAAAUAUUAUACUUUAGUGGACAUAUGUGACUGUAUGCGGAAAGGCAUUUUAAAUUGUCAUAAAUCCUGCGAAAAAGAGGAAUAUGGAGAAAGAAAGGGAGACAAGAUAGGGAUUGGAUACAAGCAUGGUAAAGAAGCAGACAAACCCGCCAAAAAGCAACCCCAAUGGGUUCAGCACUACACUGACCUGAUUGUAAAUUUGGCGAUUUUCAUAAAAGUACUUCGUUUCAGAGUUACACGUGAAAACCAAGUCAACAAGCCAAUAUGCUAAUUAGCACAGGCUUACCUCGACCAGGUCUGCUCACUCUGUGUAUCUUGAAAGCACAAGAAGUCACAAAGGGCGCGUAUCGACUUCCACAUGCUAUCUAUUACUGUAGCUAGCCAGUGUCAGACUUUCCGCGAGCAUGGAGACCACGAGUAAAUGCAUACUUAUAGCCCAGCACAUCAAUUAGCGGUACCGUGCAUGCACAGUUCGCCGAGGGUUUGUACUUUAGUCUUUUUCUUAUGCCUAGGCAACAACACAGGGAUUUUGUGAUGGAUGCCCCAUACAGAUGACUUUUGUCUUCCAAACCAGCAGGCAGAAAGUAGGAUCACGAGGCCUCACAGUUUUCCCCCGCCAUGAUUCAGGAUCAAUGCAAUGCAGCAUCUACAGUCGAAGCUUGCCUGCUGCCUUUUGCUUGAUUGACGCUCGCUACGCACUAUGUUCAUGCACAAAGUGCGGCUACUAUUCGAGGGUUGCUACUAUAUACAUGCAGCGUUUAUACUCGUGCCUAAUGCAUUUUCUUCCUCACUGCAUGUUGUGAAGCGUAACUAACAUAACAGAUCGACGUACAUAAUUAUAGGUUUCUCGUUCGCUGGUUUAUUCAGGUUGCUGAUGAGCUUGUGAAGGAACUAACAGAAAGUGAAAAACGGAGUCCAUCAAGUGAGCCAAUUGACCAUAAGAAUAUUCGAAGGAGAGUUUAUGAUGCCCUCAAUGUACUUAUGGCCAUGAAUAUUAUAUCUAAAGAGAAGAAAGAGAUCAGAUGGCUUGGGCUCCCAACUAAUUCAGCUCAGGAAUGCCAACACAUCGAGGCUGAAUUAGAGGAGAUUGAAGAACGAAUACAAGCAAAACAAAGGGAGGUUGAAGAUUUACUGAUUCAGAUCCUAUCCUUCAAGAAUCUAAUGAAGAGGAAUCGGGAGCGUGUUGCUAACUUAGGGGCACCUUCUCAGAACUCUGCUAUCAGCCUACCUUUCUUGGUUGUAAACACUGGCAAAAAGACCACUAUUGACUGCAGCAUCUCCAGUGACAAGUCAGAGUAUGUGUUUAACUUUGACAAUGCCUUUGAGUUGCACAAUGACAUUGACGUGCUGAAGAAGAUGGGCUUAGACUGUGGCUUACACUCUGGACAGUGGACUGCUGAUGACCUUAAUGUAGCAAAGAGUAUGCUACCAAAAGGUUUCGAAUCUACUGUUGAUGAUAUUGCAAAAGGGAAGAAAGUCAUAGCAUCCAGUUCAUGCCCUAACACUCCAAGCUCUAUUUCUAACAGCGUGCAUUUGACUUCCACUCCUACCAACGCCGCCGUUUUUGACAGUCCAUCCCCACUUUCCCCACUUCUUCAUUCUCAAGCUUCUCCUCUUGCCCUUGCUGCAGCAUUUAAUCAGUUAAAAGCUGCCGUUGCAGCCAGUCCAAUUGGUGUUGCGAAUUCGCCAGGACAGAAUGCACGAAGCUCCCUCAUUAACCUAGCAUCUCCUCAAGCUGUUACUGCCCUCGUUAAUGAGGCACUAAAAGGAGCGAAGUCAGGUCAGAUGGUUUCAAGUUUGCAACCCACUGCAUCUCUGUGUGCGAACCAGCUUGGUGUCCAGACAACUCCAAUGUCACCUCUGGUCAAAUCCAUGGGCCCUGUAAGCCCUGUCCAUGGCAGUGCUAGCCCUGGAGUUUCCAUUCCCAAUGGCUCUCCACACUCUGCUAAGUCACCAGCACCAAAGAUAGUGACAGUGUCAAAAUUCCCUUCAGUUAUGACCAUUCCAAAUGACCACAUCACAUCACUACUCCAAAGUCUGGAACAGUCACCACUAAAAGUGGUUAUCCCCUGUGAUACCAAUGGUCACACCUCUGAUGUUGACCCAGCAACUCAGUCACCAUCAAAUGGAGUUGCAUAGAAUUUUUGUAGCAGGCAACAAUGUGUUUUACGUAUUAUGCACUCAACACAACUAUUCUUCUAUCAUAGUAUAACCAUGCUCAGUUGUUACAACAUUAUAGUUUAUAUGAAUUUUCUGAGCGACUAACAUUAGAUGGAUGGACGUGAGUGU